AUGCUGCGCACCGGCAAACCCCAGGCCCAGUUAUCCCUGAAAGAGUUUGAGUCGUCUGUGCAGCGCUCGUUCCACGUCAAAACACUGGCUUCGUUCGAGGCCGUGAUGGAUCGGCCCAUUGAAGAGUCCAGGACAAACAAACUGCUCGACUUGUCCGAAAAACAAGUCGUUCGCUGCGCCGUGCAGAGCUUGCGUAGUUGCGUCUCGAGUGGAUAUGUGACGAUGUUUGUGUCGAAAGCAUUGUACGUACAGUACAAGUCCGGCACGACAUGCGACCCUCGGUCGUGCGACAAACAAUGCCAGAAGAAGCCGCUUGACAUUGGCAGCUCUUCCUUGGUGCAUGGUGAAGCUGCCUUUGUUAGCGCGGCCGUCGUGGUUGUACAGUGCUGGCCAUAA